UCAUAUAUUUAUUUGUUGCUUCAUGUUCUUGAAAAGUAAGACCCAAAAUUCAGUAGACUUUUUGCAGUCUCCCUUCUCACAUUAAAUUUCCUCUCUCUCUCUCUCUAGAUUUCCGAGCCGCCGACUUACUAUACUAACCGGUUCCCAUCUCCGGUCCACAAGUUUUUCUUCAUUUGCUAAGAUAGCUCUGUCUAUUUCCGGCAGAAAGUUCUAGACGGUGAUUGACCUUUUUGGUGUUUUUGUAAUCUGGGUUUUGUUUUUGAGGUAAUUUUAAGUUAUGGGUAUUUGCUAUUUUAGCUGGUAGUUGGGCACAAAAGAAAGAAAAACGAAAAAGCAAGAUUGAUUGACUGGUAGAUACCGCAAAAAGUGAGCAAAAAAAGUUUGAUAUCAGAAAGUUGGGGGAUUUCUUUAACAUAAAUGUUAUAACGAUUUGCUUUUUGAGCAAUCCCUCCCAAAAAGAAAAUAAACUAGAAGUAAUUAUCAUGCCGGCUGACCCAGAUAAUUCAUCCGCCAUGAAUGAUUCUACUGGUUCAGGUGAAGCAAGUGUUUCUUCUUCAGGUAAUCAAGUAGUUCCACAGAAAGAAUUAGUCAAGAAAAAACGAAAUCUCCCUGGGAUGCCAGAUCCCGAUGCAGAGGUGAUUGCUUUGUCACCAAAGACUUUGCUGGCGACGAACAGAUUUGUAUGUGAAAUUUGCAGUAAAGGGUUUCAAAGAGACCAGAAUUUGCAGCUUCAUAGAAGGGGUCAUAAUUUGCCAUGGAAGUUGAGGCAGAGAACAAGCAAAGAGGUGAAGAAGAGAGUAUAUGUUUGCCCUGAACCUUCUUGUGUUCACCAUCAUCCUUCAAGGGCAUUGGGUGAUUUGACUGGAAUCAAGAAACAUUUCUGUCGUAAACAUGGUGAAAAGAAGUGGAAAUGUGAUAAGUGUUCCAAGAAAUAUGCUGUUCAGUCUGAUUUAAAGGCUCAUUCAAAGAUUUGUGGAACUAGAGAGUAUAAAUGUGAUUGUGGAACUCUAUUUUCAAGGAGGGAUAGCUUUAUCACCCACAGGGCAUUUUGUGAUGCAUUAGCUCAAGAAAGUGCAAAAACACUGCCAGAAAAACCUCCUAAUGCUAAUGAGGAGCCUAAGACAACAGCAGUUGCUUCACCAUCGCCACCACCACCACCACCACCACCACCGGCGCCUGCACCUGCCACCGAGUCUCAACCACCACCACCAGAAGCAGCUCUUCCUCCUGCAGCAGCUCCAAAGCCUUUAAUCACCCCGGCAGUUCCUCCGUCAAGUGCCGUAAUGUCAUUUAUUUCCUCUGUUCAGAAUCCAGUUGCUAAAAUUUCUGCAGAUUUGCUGGAGAAUCCGAACACAAAUCCUGCCGGGACUGCUACGAAACAGAUUCUGGAGGAAACAACAGCGGUAGCAAGCUUGACUGGAAGCUGUAGCAGCUCUUGUAGUAAUGGAAGUACUAGCAGCAGUGUCUUCGGAAGCUUGUUUGCUUCAUCAACAGCUUCGGGAAGUUUGCCAUCUCAAGCUCCUGGUUUUGCUGUUAUGUUUCGAGCCAUGCCUCCUGACCACACUCUUGAGAUGGCAUCACCUUCAUCUACAGAACCAAUUUCUCUCGGCCUAGCAAUGAACCACAGUUCAUCAAUUUUUAGACCAGCUGGGCAAGAAAGGAGGCAAUAUGCUCCUGCACCACAGCCAGCCAUGUCCGCAACAGCAUUACUGCAGAAGGCAGCUCAGAUGGGUGCAGCAGCAACCAGCUCUUCGUUGUUGAGGGGCUUUGGGGUUAUGUCCUCCACAUCAUCUUCCAACGGGCAGCAUGAAUGGAGUGGGAGACCAAUUGAUGCCAAUGGUGCAUCAUUGUCUGCAGGCCUUGGUCUUGGGCUGCCUUGUGACGCGGGUUCUGGUCUGAAGGAAUUAAUGAUGGGAACUCCCUCCGUCUUUGGUCCUAAACAUCCUACUCUUGACCUUCUUGGAUUGGGAAUGGCGGCAAGUGUCGGUCCAACGCCUGGAUUAUCUGCCCUAAUAACAUCCAUGGGUAGUAACAUGGACAUGGUGACUUCAGCUGGAGCUUUUGGUAGUGGAGAUUUCAGUGGGAAAGACUUGGGAAGAAAUUCCUGAUACUUGCUUCAUUGUCCAUAUUCGCGCUAGUUGAGAAGAAUCAGGUUUAUUCUGUAUAGGACAUGGAAUUUUAGUUGAUGCAGCAAAAAACAAGUUAGAAAUCCCAAAUAGUACCCUCAGUCCUCAAAGAAUUAAGCAUAGCAUGGCAUGAGGAAAGCUCUGAGGCAAUUGGACACUUUAAAGAUUGUUCUGCUGCCUCUUUUGUGUAGGAAAAGGGGUCUUUUUUGUGUGUGUGUACAGUAGUAGCUGAAUGUAUAGCUGCAUAAACUCCUCUGUUGUUUGUUACAAAUGAAGCUGUUAUUUGAAAAAUAUAUUUAGUAGUUAAUAUAGCCAAGAGAGGCUAAUCUGUUGGAAA